AUGUCGAAAGGAAAAGAAGAAUUUUCCUGCGAAAUGUUCUCCAACAAAUUCUUUAUGCUGUGCGCGGCAGGCGGUGCGGCUGCGUGUGGGAUCACGCACACCGCCGUCACUCCCCUCGACCUCGUCAAAUGCCGUCUGCAAGUCGAUCCUGGGAAAUACAAGUCCAUAUUCAAAGGUUUUGGCAUUUCCUUCUCGGAAGGAGGCAUACGGAAUCUUGUCAAAGGCUGGGCACCCACACUAAUUGGCUACUCACUCCAAGGAUCUGUAAAGUUUUCUGGUUACGAAUAUUUCAAAUACAAAUUCUCCACCAUGGUAGAUGAGGAAUCUGCGUUUCUCUACAGAACAUACUUAUACCUAGCCGCGUCGGCAUCAGCUGAGCUCAUAGCAGAUGUAUUUUUAUCACCGUUUGAAGCAACUAAAGUGAGGAUGCAAACGACGCCGGGUUACACGUCUCAGAUGAGAAAAGCUAUGCCUCAUAUGUUGGCUACAGAAGGAUUCGGCGUGUUUUACAAGGGACUAGCGCCGUUGUGGGGAAGACAAGUUCCUUACACGAUGAUGAAAUUCUCAUCAUUUGAAAAGACCCUUGAAUAUUUAUAUGCCAAUGUGGUACCGAAACCUAGAGAACAGUGCUCGAAGGGAGAGCAGCUGAUAGUGACAUUCACGGCGGGAUAUAUUGCUGGAGUGCUGUGUGCUAUAGUGUCACAUCCAUCAGAUACUGUCGUGUCAAAGUUGAAUAAGGACCCGAGCGCUUCGAUUGGUGGAAUACUCUCCGAAGUGGGACCUGUAGGAAUCUGGAGAGGCCUCGUGGCCCGUAUAAUCAUGAUCGGAACUUUAACAGGACUACAGUGGUUCGUUUAUGAUGCCUUCAAGGUCUACACUAAAAUGCCUCGUCCACCGCCCGCACCUAUGCCAGAGUCACUUAGAAAGAAAUUGGCAGCGAAGAAGUAA